AUGAGAGGCGGCGACGCAGUUAUUCACGCAUUAGAGAAGGAAGGAGUUCGAUACAUCUCCGGAUUUGCCGGCGGGAUAUUUUCCGCCCGCCACGAGCGCAUGGGUGUGGAGAUUGCAGACGGUUAUGCCAGGGCCACCGGCCAGGUGGGUGUGGCGCUGACCGGGACCGGACCGGGAGCCACCAACACGCUUACCGGUAUCGCCGGAGCGUAUGCCGACAAUAUCCCCGUGCUCCUGCUAAUGGGACAGCAUCCAUUGGGAAGCAUGGGGCGCGAAAUUCAGCAGGAGGUUCCCUCCAGCAUCUUCGACAGUUUCGUCAAGUGGAAGGGCACUAUGUCGCGGGUAGAGGACAUACCCGCCAUCAUGCGCCGAGCCUUUACCAACCUGCGUUCUGCCUCACCAGGACCGGUGGUCCUGGAAAUGCCGCAGGACGUGUUGAUGAUGGAGGCCCCGGACGAGGUACUGAACUACGAGCCGGUAGGGCCGGGCCGCCGGGCCGCCCCCGACGCAGCGGACAUCGAGCGCGCCGCGGAGAUUCUGCUGAACGCCAACUUCCCGAUUAUGAAUGUUGGCGGGGGCGUGCUGGCCGCGGAGGCCUGGGACGAGGCCCUUGAGUUGGCCGAGCUGAUGGCCAUGCCCGUCGCCAGCACCCUGGUGGGUAAGGGUGCGUUCCCCGAAAACCAUCCGCUGUCCGUGGGGGGCGGCGUUUACCCGCGAAGCAGGUACGCCUCCGGGGCAGCUCACAUUGUCAACCGGAGAGCAGACGCCGUUCUGGCCGUGGGCAACUCCUUCCGCCUGCCCAACGCCACCGACGGACGACCCAUCCCAGAGGGCAUCUACCAGGCAGAUGUGCCCAUCCUGGCCGACGCCAAGCUGGCCCUUCGCAGCCUCAUCGACGCCGUCCGGGACCGGAUGGGACCGGGCGGACCACCGUCUGCGGCGCGGCGCGAGGAGAUCGUUGCCGAGAUUCGCGAGGCAAAAGCCAAGUGGCACGCCGAGUGGGAACCUACCCUCAACGACGAAUCGUCUCCCACCAACGGGUACCGCGUGGUUCAGGAACUAAUGAAGUAG